GCGGAGUCGGAUUGGGGUCCAGUGCACGCGCGUCUGCAAUCACUGCGACAUCGUUUGCUUCGACGCGAGAACUUAUUAAUAAAUGUAACAGGAGACAGCGAAAGUUUGUUUGAUGCUUUAGAGGGACACGGCAGAGCUGCUUUAUUAGAUUUUAUACAAUCUGUUCCAGAGGGGAGACCGUACACUCUAACAGGAGGAGACACCCGAGAGGUGCUCCUCACUAGAAGAAGCGAUAGACAGCCCAAGUGGGCAGACGAAGCGGAGCAGCAGCAGCUGCUGCAGCAGCAAAGCCGCAGCACUGCCUUCCUCCUGCCUGCGCAGGUGAGCGACCUGUCUCUGUCUCUCCCGCUGUCUCCUCCGGGGUCUCCCUAUUUAGGCUCAGAUGCUGUAGGUGUGUCUCGUGUAGAUUUAUUGUUUAUAUUAAAACAAAUAAGAGAAGUAGGAGGUGCUUAUGGGGGUUGGGCUCGGUAUACAGCUGAUGGUUUAUUAUCAUUUUUAAGUUAUAGAGACCCUAAAGCUGCGGAGACACUUGAGAUAUUCAGAUCUGCUGCUGCAUUUGCUGAGAGCUGGGUUGAGUCCAUUGCUGAUGAAGAAGAAGAGAGAGCGCUGCUAGAAGCAGUCCUUCCUGUUAUAUCCCUUCUUGAUUUUCCUGUCUCUGUAGAGGCAAAGGGUUUAAAGAGCUUAGAGCAGCUGCUUAAUGCUGAGCAGCCUAUACACCGCAGCAGGUAUAGACAUCAAAUCUUGAGUACCAGCAGACAAGACCUCAGAGAAUUUGCUGCUAAAAUGGAGGAGUGCUUAGCUGCUGCACCUCAGGCUCUAGUUCUUAUAGGGCCUCCUGCUGCUGCUGCUGCUGCUGCAGACAAAGGUGAGGAGCUGCAGCAUAUUACUGUCAAUUAA